UGCUCCUAAGCUGCGUAAAGUCUCCAACAGUCAGUACUUUUUGAGACUCGGUGAAGUUAAGUCGCUCUUCUCUUGGAAAUUCACACGGUUUUCUAGCUUUUGGUGCUUCAGCAGUGUGUUCCACUUUUGGAGUUACAUUGACUUUUUUUCCUUAUUAAAUAGUGUUUCUGCGCAAGAAGCAAGUUUUUUAUAAGUGCAACACACCUUAAGUGCAACCACACAAUGGAGAACGACAAAAUGGACAUAGAUCGUGUGGCUCAGACGUUUAAGGGACGAACAAUAUUCAUAACAGGUGGUUCCGGAUUUCUUGGAAAGGUUCUUAUUGAAAAACUCAUUCGCGUGUGCCCGGACAUAAGGAAGAUUUACAUGCUGAUGAGAACAAAGAAGGGAAAGGACCCCAAACAGAGACUGUUGGACAUCUUUGGGAAUCCUCUCUUCGACGGUCUGAAAGAGAAACAUGGUUUGGAUAAACUUAUGGAGCAAUGCGAUGUAAUUGGUGGAGAUGUGACCCUCCCAGAUUUGGGAAUCAGUCCCGAAGAUCGCCAGAAGUUGAUUGAGGAAGUUACCAUCAUCUACCAUUGUGCUGCAACAAUUCGCUUUGAUGAAACGCUGAAGAAGGCAGUUCUCCUCAAUACACGUGGUACAAAAUUGAUGAUUCAACUUGCGCGCGAAAUGAAGCAAUUGGCUAUGCUGUGUCACGUGUCAACGGCCUAUUGUCAUCUCCAUGAGAAGCAUUUGAUGGAGAAACCCUACGAUCCACCCGCUAAUCCGCACAAGAUCAUUAAUUGCGUUGAAUGGCUCGAUGAGCCCGUUGUGGAUGCAAUGACGGAUAAAAUUCUUGGCACAUUGCCAAAUACCUAUGCCUUUACGAAGGCCCUGGGUGAAGGCUUGGUUGUGGAGACGAUGGAUGAGCUGCCAUCUGUGAUUCUUAGACCUUCGAUCGUUAUCCCGAUCUACCAAGAUCCCCUUCCCGGAUGGACGGAUAACAUUAAUGGCCCAACAGGACUCCUCAUUGGAGCUGGAAAGGGCGUAAUAAGGACAAUGUACUGCGACAGUGAUGGUUACGGAGAUUAUCUUCCCGUUGAUAUUGCCGUAAACUGCAUGCUACUGGCUACGUGGAAUUUUAUUGAAAACAACGAUCGCACACGGAGGAUUUACAACGUGACCAGUUCGGCUGAGAUUAAAGUAUCGUGGAAUCAAGUGAUUGAAAUGGGACGGGAGAUCGUGACGACAAAAGUUCCUCUCAAUGGUGUUUUGUGGUAUCCAGGUGGUUCAAUGAAAAACAACCGUCUUAUCCACAAUUUAUGCAUGAUUUUCUUCCAUUUCCUUCCUGCAAUUAUCUUGGAUGCUCUCCUCUUUUGCUUGGGGUACAAGCCUGUAUUGAUUAGGGUUCAUAAGAGAAUACUUAAAGGUUUCCAGGUAUUUGAAUACUAUGCCAACAAUCAGUGGGACUUUGAUAAUUCAAACGUGCAAUACUUGAGAACAUUAAUUAAUAAGCACGAGAAAGAAUUGUACAAGAUCGACGCAGAUGAUCUCGAUAUGAUGAAGUAUUUCGAGAAUUGCAUAAAAGCAGCCAGAAUUUACAUUCUCAAGGAAGCUGAGGAAACCCUCCCAGCGGCCAGAAGGCACAUGAGGAUAAUGUGGUGGGUGGAUAAAAUCUGCAAAAAUCUCAUCAUGGGCAUCUUCUUGUACUACAUUGGCCUCUAUUUCUACAAUUCAAUCUUCAAUGAGGAAGGUACCAAGAAUGUGAUUGUUGAAGAAAUAAUUGAACGUCUAUAGAAUUCACUACAGAAAUAUUUAUAUAUACUUUUUUCGCAAAGGCUGAGUAGAAUGUUAUUUUUUAUCCUUUUUAAAUGACAUUUUUUUUUACAAAUAUUAAUAACCAAAACUCAGUUUUUUCAAUAAGUAUAAAAUAAAAUGAAAAGUAAAAAACAAUAAAAUUAUUUCUAGUCGUUUCUAUACAACUUUCAUCACUGGAUUCUCAAGCAUUGUGAAGAUAUAAAACUACAUAAAAUAAAUUCUUUACUGUGUUUUAUGUAUAAAGUAAAUAUGUUGUAAUUUAAUAUAAGUUUCUCUGGUUAUUUGAUGUGCUUCGUUAAUAGAAUAAAUUUUAUUCAAAUGGGAUUUUUUUGUUCUUUUUCUUACAAUUUAUUUAAUUCCUUGAAGACGUUGCGAGGACCGAUGAAAAAUAAAAGAAAAG